UCGCCUUAGUUAUGGAUGGACUACCUUAAUAGAGUUUAUCUUGUGUACGUUUUUCAAAAGUUCAAACUUGUAUAACGUUACUGGUCUUAGGUUUACUUUAAUGUUAUUUACUUCCGGUUUUGACUUUGGGAUAUAUGAGCUAUGUCCAGCAAAUUACGUGACCUGUAUCCAGAGCUAGAGCCUUUUGACAAAGAGUACCUGAAAGUCUCAGAUAUACACAGCAUUUAUGUAGAGCAAAGUGGAAACAAAACUGGAAAACCAGUGAUUUUUGUACAUGGGGGACCGGGAGGAGGAACAAGUCCCAGAGACAGAAGAUUUUUUGACCCUGAUGUGUACAGAAUUAUUUUGUUUGAUCAAAGAGGAAGUGGAAAAAGCACACCUGCAGCAGAGCUUAAGGAAAACACAACAUGGGACUUAGUGUCAGACAUGGAGAGGAUCAGAAAGCACUACAAUAUUGACAAGUGGGUUGUGUUUGGGGGCAGUUGGGGGUCGACCCUCUCCCUCACAUAUGCUGAGACUCACCCAGACAGAGUAAAGGCCCUUGUAUUAAGAGGGAUCUUCACUCUCAGAAGACGGGAACUAGUUUGGUUUUACCAAGAUGGUGCAAGUUUUGUAUACCCAGAUAAAUGGGAGGAGUACCUUAAACCUAUUUCUGAGGUAGAGAGAGGGGACAUAAUGAGUGCUUACUACAGGAGGCUUACCAGUGAGGAUGAGAAAACGCGGGUCAGUGCUGCCAGAGCCUGGAGCUCCUGGGAGAUGGCGACCUCUAGAAUUUUUAUUGAUGAUGAGAUGUUGAAAAAAGCUGAAGAAGAUAAAUGGGUUUUACAGUUUGCUAGGGUUGAAUGCCAUUAUUUUGUUAAUGGGGGAUUCUUUAAAAAAGAUGGCCAGCUAUUGGAUGACGUGGAUAAAAUCCGACACAUUCCCUGCACUAUUGUUCAGGGUCGAUAUGAUAUGGUGUGUCCUGCAGAAACAGCCUGGUUGCUUCACAAAAAAUGGCCAGAGGCUGAGUUUCAUAUUGUUCCAGAUGCUGGACAUUCUGCUAAAGAACCAGGAAUAUUUUCUCGUUUGUUGGAUGCCACAGAUAAAUAUAAAACUCUAUGAAAAAAGACAAAUUAUUAUAGUACGCAGAAAAGAAAAAUUGUAAACGUCUGUGUAGAUGAACAAUUAUUUGCAUUAUUUGAUAUGAAUUUAAUUAAAAUACUUUUUUCAUGGAUAAAUUUCCAAUGACAUAGAAGUUUGUUGAGAUUUUUGAUGAUGUUAUGUUUAUUUCUUUUAGCAGAUCUGUUAAAUAAUACAUAUAAAUGCAUGCAUGGUAUGAUAGAAAUUUAAAGAAAAAAUUAUUUUGACGAAAAUAAAUAUAGAUUGCACAUGAAUGAUUUGUGGAAGUAAAGUGAAAGCAAAGUACAUGUACAAUCAUAUGUAUUAUAGAGAUUUCCCGUAAUUAGUCUUACAUGUAUAUCAUAUACCUAGUAGUGUAUCAGCCCCAAUACACACGUUUUGAACUAUAUAAAUAUCUAGGUGAGACAGCUGUUUAGAGAUAGGAUUGUAUUCCUUGGGGCUGAGAUCACUCCUCUCGCCCUGUAUCGAAGGAGAUGUAUCGCCCUCAAAUUGAAGUAGUUUGAAUAAAAAUCAUGAUUGCAUAAGGCCUAAAAUUUUAAUUAAGAUAUAUGUAAUUAAUUUUGUGUUUAAUUCUACAUGAAAUAAAACUUUCUGAUUAGUUUAA